ACAAACAAUAAAAUAAAUUUGUCAAAACAGUAGAAUGACAGUGAUACCUUAGGUACACAGUCAUACCUAUCUUGGACAACUUUAUAAGGCAGAAGAUUAUUGAUGCUUAAUCAGCUGAAAGUCUUGGGCGCCUUUUCUCAAAUACCAAUUUUCAUUUACGCUAUUGGUUGGGGCAAUUGAAGGCACCAAAGGUCUGCCAUGGAUUCAGCCAACACCAUCUCCAACAAUAACAACAACAACUGGAGGAAUGAGUUGUCGCAGGACUCUAGACAGAAGAUCGUUAACAAGAUAAUGGACACACUUCAAAGACAUAUGCCAUUUACAGGUCCUGAUGGCAUGAAUGAACUCAAAAAAAUUGCUUUACGAUUUGAAGAGAAGAUUUAUGCAGCUGCUGUUGAUCAGCAAGACUAUCUACGGAAAAUAUCUCUCAAGAUGCUAUCAUUAAGAAAUCAUGUUUCUCGAGAUGUAAACUCUUUGGCAGGUGGUUCUUCUAGCAGCAACCAGAAGUCUCUGGAUCCUGCAGGACUUCUGAUGCAGACACAGAUGAGAAAUCCAUCUCACCCGCCAACCAUUGUAGGUAGCAAUGGCAUUGCACUGCCUGGACAGCCCCAACCACAACAAGCGUCACUACCACAAAAUCAGAAAGUUACUAUGAGCGCAAGUGGAAUGCAAAACUCAGCUGGCUUACCAUCCACAAUGUCUUCUAUGACUAACUUAUCCCAAAGUACAAGUGGCCUUGGUUUUGGUACUCAAAGUGCACCCAAUAAUUCACCAGGUCAGGUUUUACCUCACAAUGGCCUUCCUUUGAGGCAGAUGCAAUCAAGACAGCAGCAAGUAGUUCCACAACACCAACAGCCACAGGCCCAACACCAGCUCCUUUAUCAGCAACCAUUGCAACACCAGCAACAGCAUUUGCAACAUCCUCAACAACAGGUUCUUAUGAAAGAUAAUAUUCCACAGCAACAGAUUCCAACAUCAAUUCUCCAGCAGCAGCAGCAAACCCAGCUGGCUUCACAACAAUCUAUUUUGCAGUCAGCUCAGGCACCUCCUCUUCAAACAACUCAGCAAUCUUUAAUUCGACAGUCUCAACCCUCUGUUCUUCAACCUGCUCAGCAGUCUAGCCUACAACAAACAUCUCAGUCUUUCCUUCAGCAGCAGCACCAGCAGCACCAGCAGCACCAGCAGUCUGUCCUCAGGCAUCAACAAUCUGUUUUACAACAGCAGCCAUCCAUCAUUCAGCAACAGCAGCCAUCCAUUAUUCAGCAACAGCAACCAUCAAUUUUUAAUGUUUCAAAUAUGCAGACACAGCAACAGCAACAGCAACAGCAACAACUCCAACAGAUUAUACAAUCCAAAACUUCUCAAUAUCAGCAAGCACAACAACCAUCAUCAUCAUUAUUACAACAACAAUCACAGCAGUUGCAGCAACAACCACAACAACUUCUCUCCCAGCUCCAACAUCAGCCCCAGCAGUUGCAACAACAACAACCAUUGUUACCACAAUCGAACUCAGUACCACAAGAGCUUCAGCAAAGGCUUCACACAAAUGGGGGCUUAUUACAACAGCAGCAGCAGCAGAGCUCUGUUGAACAGCAAAAGCAGUUACUACAAGUCCAAACCCAGAGGCUUUCAGAUGUUCCUACAACAUCAGUUGAGUCAUCAGGUCAAACUGGACAAUCGAAUGGUGUAGAUUGGCAGGAAAAGAUCUAUCAGAAGCUGCAAAAGCUGAAGGAUAUGUAUUUUCCUGAUCUAAGAGAAUUACUCCAAAGGCUUACUAUUAAAUGUUCACAGCCUAUGGCAGCUGAUCAACUUGAGAAGCUAAAGGUGUAUAGAACCAAAGUUCAACGCAUGAUGCAAUAUUUUCAAGUUCCAAAGAUCAAUAUUCCAGCUGGAUUCCCAGAAGACAAGAUUGAUGCUGUUGAGAAGCAAAUUCAAAGUGUUCUAAACUCAUUCAAGCCAGUAAAAUCUGCUCUGCAGCAACAAGGACAUCAGCAAUUCCUCCCUCAGUCUGGCAGCCAUUUACAUUCUAUUCCGCAACAGUCACAAUCUCUAAUGCCCCAGUUGCAGCAGCAGGAGAAGCAUUCUAAUCAGCUUCAACAGAUGAAUUUACAGGCUUCAGCAACAUCAAUGCAAGCAAACACUGUUGCACCUAUUCAGCAUGGUUCCAUGUCACAGAUGCAGCAAACUGGUGUGCAAACAACGCUGCAAAAUAAUCGAAGUGCAAUGCAACCUGGGGCCAGUCUAAAUUCAACACAAGGAAAUGGUAUGGGUGCUCUGCAGCAGACUUCCUUCCAACAGAAUGGUAAUAACAAUAUUAAUGGUCUUCAGCAAAAUAAUAUCACUCUUCAGCAAAAUAGCAUAAGCUCUUUACAGCAGUCAGGGAACAAUACUUUACAACAAAAUGAUCUAAAUGCUUUGCAAUUGAAUGCAAAUGCUUUACAACAUCAUCACCAAGCACUGAAACCACAAGAUAUCUUCCAUGCACAGCAAUUUAAGAAUAUCAAUAUGCACAAUCGGCAAAUGCAAAUUCAACAACAGCAGCAGCAGCAACAGCAGCAGUUCCAGCAACAACAUCCGCAAAGCCAGCAGCAGCAAUUCCAGCAACAACAUCUGCAAAGCCAGCAGCAGCAGUUUCAGCAACAGAAGCAGCAGCAAGCUGCUCAUAUGCAGCUACAACAAAUGCCUCAGUUUCAACAAGUGAAUGAAUUGAAUAGUGAAACAAAGCCUAAACCAUCUUCUAUUAAACAACCAUUUAUGCAGCAGCAUCACACACUAAGUCAGCGUCAAGUUUAUCAACAGCAGCAGCAGCCAUUCAAGACAGGGUCAUCGCUUUCUGUUUCCUCCCCUCAACUUCUUCCAGCUGUUUCUCCUCAAGUUUCGCAGCAAUCCUCUCCACAAUUAGAUCAGCAAGGUCUAGUUGCAUCAUCACUUCCUGUUCCCAAGCUUGGAACUCCCAUUCAACCAGUAACCUCACCAUUUACAGCUCCUUCACCCUCCACCCUGCCAGCUCCUUCACCCAUGGAAGAUGCCGAGAAGCAAUCGUCUGCAAUCAUGAAUAUUGGAAGUAGUCAGGGCCUUCAACAAACAGCAAAUGUACUGAACCAUUCUCAAUCUCUUGCCAUUGGUACACCAGGAAUUUCUGCUUCGCCUCUGUUAGCUGAUUUUUCUCUGAGUCCUGCUCAGAAUAUUGUUAGCCUGGAUGGGCCCCAAAGUGUCUCACCCGGACUUCUUAUGGAAGACAAGUUAAGCACAAAGGAGCCUCCUUUCAAGCGGUUGAUAAAAGUGAUGAACUCGAUGUCACCAAAGGCUUUUGCCUCAGCCGUCAAUGACAUAAGAUCAGUAGUAAGCUUGAAUGACAGGAUGGCAGGAUCUGCACCAGGUAAUGGUUCCAGAGCGGCUGUUGGGGAGGAUCUGGUUGCUAUGACAAAGUGUCGACAGCAAGCAAGGAAUCUGAUGACACAAGAGGACAGUAGUACUUCAAAGAAAACCGUUCGUUGUAUGAGUUCCAUGCCUGUCAGUACUGUAUCUUCAGGGGGAAGUGUAAUCAAUAGUCUUCAGCAGCAUAAUAAUCAAGAGUCUCCAGAAAUGGAGUCAACAGCAACUUCUAGAAUCAAGAGGCCCAGAAUGGAGAUGAGCCAUGCCCUGCAAGAUGAAUUACGAGAAAUAAAUCAACAGUUGAUAGAUACUGUAGCCAAUGUCAGUGAAGAUGACAAUGAUGCAGCUGCAGCUGCAGCUGCUGCUGAAGGGAGAGAUGGGAUUGUUAUAAAGUGUUCCUAUAAUGCAAUAGCAUUGAGUCCAAACAUGAAGUCACGCUAUAGAUCAUCUUUAAUGACACCUAUUUCACCAUUACGCCUGCUUAUUCCAGCAAAUUAUCCGAAUUGUUCUCCUGUGCUUUUGGACAAGGCUCCAAUUGAAUCAUUUAAUGAGUAUGAGGACCUGUCUUCUCGAGCAAAAGCAAAGUUCCAUGCAGCUGUACGGACCCUCCCACAACCAAUGUCAUUGAAGUUAUUGGCAAAAACCUGGGAUAACUGUGCUCGCAGUACAGUAGCUGAAUAUGCACAUCAGAGUGGCGGAGGAAGUUUCAGCUCAAGGUUUGGUACAUGGGAGAGUUGUGCAAGUGCUUAAAUAUAUUUUAUUCCAUUGAUGGAGGCUUUGCAUGUUUGCUAUCUUAAAUGUGUACAGGUAACACUCAUUGUAUGCCUUAUGUAUUGCUUGGUUUCCAGAAGUACCUUCUUUGAUGUUACAUUUAGUGUAUAAAGAGCAUGGAAGAAAUGAAUCAUUGUGACAAUAAUGGUUUUAGACUUUAGUGAAGUUUGGAAAAAAUACAGGAAACUUGUGUUUUCUGGGUCAAUCCUAUUUACAUAUGGCGUCUUUUAAAAGCAGUCAGUUGGCUGGCUAGUGACAAUGAUCGCAGUAACCGGCAUUUUAGUUAGUACCAUCCCACUUUAUUUUGAGGAGACAAUCACAUUAUAGGCAAUCAUGGCAGAACUCAGAUGUCAAGCCUAACUUUAACUGGUCAAGACAAUAAAUUUUUCAAGACAACAAAUUCACAUGUGGAAAAGGGUUUAGAUCUUGGAUAUAUUAAAGAUUUGACCAUUAUAAGCCUCCAUGCAAAUCUAUUUUGCAUUACAGAUCAUCGUAAUGCUGAUGUGACUACAAGUCAAUUCUACAAUAUAAACAUAAUAUGGCAUGUCAGAAUUUGCAAUAGGAGCGAAGGACAAAUCUUUACCCCUUAAUUUUCAAUUAUUUUUGUCCGUAGCACUUUGGAGUGUCAUAUUACUUAUAAUCCUUAAUGGAUGGGUACUGCUUUGAGUUCCUCCGGAAGCAUUUUCUUUUGGCUUUACACAUCUCACUUAUUUGCACUAUAUAUGGGCAGUACCAUGUUAUGUCUAUGUAUAUGCGAUUAUUGUCCAUUUUUUACGUUUAUAUAAUAUUUUUAUUCAAA